AAAUAGGGGAGUCUAUCCCCCAGACCCCCACUCUCUCUUCGCAUGUGAUUGGUUAGUAUUUUUUUCAUUUUUUUAAUAUUUAUUAAAUUAUAUACUUAAUAAAGUUAUAAAAAUAUAUCAAAAUUUAUGGUUUUUAAUUCACUACAAAACGAGUAUAAUAUUUGUAUGAAAUAUAUGUUUUUUUUAAGUGAAAGAUUUUGAGGGAAAGAAAAAUAAAGAAAAACUAAUGUGAUAGACACAACGUGAAGAAUACUUCUUGCACACACCUUUGGGUCUAAUUGACAUCUAACUAUUGUCCUUGUAUUUUUUAUUACUUGAUAAAAUUCAGUCAUUUCAAAAAAAAAAAAUAGAAUAAAAUAAAAUAAAAUACCCAAAAUUUUAAAUAACUUAACUAAAAAACAACUGCAAUUUUUUUUUAAACAGCUAACACAUACGCUCUAAAUGCGAUGCGACUAUUUUCUUAAUUUUAUCACCGGUGUAUUAACUAAGGGUUUCCGUAUAAUAAAUAAAUUAAUAAAUAAAUAACCAAAGGUUUCAUUGCCAAUUUUUGGUUGGCUUAUUUAAUGUAAUUAAAAUAUUUAUUUCGUAGAAAACCUAUAAAAGAAAAAUUGACGUUCUAUUUAAUCUUGGGAUGUAAUCUUAUGUGAAAUUGUCUCAAAAAGAAAAAGACUGACGAAAAGAACAUAUGGGGAAGUGCUAAAGAGAAUUAACAGAAAAAUCAGUUUUCGUUAUGCUUUUUUAAUUCAAAUAAACUAAAAUUUUUGUUUGUUUUUUUUUCUGCAAAAAAAUAGAAUAUGAGUUUACAAAAGAAAAAAAAAAGAAUAAAGUGGUACUUUUUGUUAAUAUAAAUUACAUAAAUAUAUUUGUUAAAAAUAUUAGAAAAAAGCUGAUAGCCAUUCUUUGCAAUGAACGAUCAUGAUAUCCAACUUUAAUUGAUUACGUUUAAAUAAUUUAAAUCAGACUUUAACUCAAAUACGAUUUUUUUGUUACAAAAGAUUGACAUAACUCAUAACCAAAAACUUAUAAGUAGUGGAAUCAAACACAAAACUUGUUUCCAUGUGGAAAUAUUAAGUCCAUUAAGAUUUUCUAAAAGCAUAACAUGUAUACCUAUUUAGUAUUUAUGCCUCAAGUUCUUGUUGUCAGAGCAAAGUAUACAAAUAGUAGAAAAUAGAACACUUCUAGAGAGAGAAACAGAAGCAAUUUCUACUGACAUUUUUGUUUCCAUUUCAAGUUUUAAAAAAUGGCGAAUGAGUGAGUGAAUUUCACAGAUGGGUAUUGAGAGAAGAGAGGAAGCUCGUUUCUGUUUUUGUCUUUUUUGUCUUCGUUUUGAUCACAUAAGAAGAAGAAGAAGACGACAACAGCGAACAGUGAUUUCAUCUUCAUGUUUUAAAAUCCCUCCAAUCAUUUCGGUUUUUGUUUUCAUGCUCCUGAUGUCUUCCCCUGUUUUUCCGGCGACCUCUGCUAAAAAAAUCCGGCGAGACCACCAUGUUUUCCGGCCACAGGAAGAAACCAAUAAGAUGAAGCUGGUUAAAGCUCAUCUCAUGAAGAUUAACAAACCUUUUGUCAAGUCAAUUCAGAGCCCAGAUGGUGAUACGAUAGAUUGUGUUUUGAGACAUCAUCAGCCAGCUUUUGAUCAUCCUAAAUUGAAAGGAACGAAGCCAUUGGAUCCACCUGAGAGACCAGAUGGGCAUGAUGAAGGAGAAAUAAGCUCUGAAAAUCAUCAGCUAUGGAGUUUAUCAGGUGAAUCAUGCCCAGAAGGAACAAUUCCUAUCAGAAGAACAAGUGAGCAGGACAUUUUAAGAGCAAAUUCUGUUAAAAAAUUCGGUCAAAAAAUUGUACGACCAGUUAGAAGAGACACUUCUAGCUAUGGACAUGAGCAUGCAGUUGGAUAUGUAAGUGGGAAUAAAUACUAUGGAGCAAAGGCAAGCAUAAAUGUGUGGGCUCCAAGGGUGACCAAUAGAUAUGAAUUCAGUCUAUCACAAAUGUGGCUUAUUUCGGGUUCCUUUGGUCAUGAUCUCAACACCAUUGAAGCCGGUUGGCAGGUAAGCCCAGAGCUGUAUGGGGACAACCGCCCUCGAUUCUUUACUUAUUGGACUAACGAUGCAUAUCAAACAACGGGAUGUUACAACUUGCUAUGUUCAGGAUUCGUACAAACAAAUAAUAGGGUUGCGAUUGGAGCUGCUAUAUCUCCAUUGUCUGUAUACAAUGGUGGACAAUUUGAUAUCAGUUUGAUGAUUUGGAAGGAUCCAAAGCAUGGCAAUUGGUGGUUGGAAUUCGGAUCUGGUACCUUGGUCGGGUAUUGGCCCGCUUCUUUAUUCAGUCACCUCCGUGAUCACGCAAGCAUGAUUCAAUUUGGGGGAGAAAUUGUAAAUAGUCGGUCUUGGGGUUCUCACACAUCGACCCAAAUGGGAAGCGGGCAUUUUUCGGGUCAAGGAUUCGGUAAAGCAUCUUAUAUCAGGAAUAUGCAAGUGGUUGACUGGGGCAACAGUUUAAUUCCUUUGUCCAACUUUAAAAUAUUAGCUGAUCAUCCGAACUGUUACGAUAUUAAAGGUGGGGCAAACAGGGUGUGGGGUAACUAUAUCUAUUAUGGUGGACCGGGUAAGAAUCCUAGGUGUCCGUGAAAUAGACAUGACAUUCUAGUAUCGAGUAUAAGUAUACCAAAGGGUGAAAAAGUUUUGAGAUUUUUUUUUUCGCUUUAGUUUUCCCUAUGAGGUUUCAAGAUUUUUCCAUGAUGUGUGGGUAUUUUGUUUUUCUAACACAUAGGAUUGUAAUCACAACAUUUAUGUAAAGUUAUAGUUUUGAGUACUAAAAUUUGAUAUAAUGUUAGGUUGAGUGCA